UAUCAGACUGUUCCCUUUGUCAACAGCUGCUAGACUUGCGAGAUGGGCGCAAUCAAUAAACGUACACUUUGCCACGAGGAGUGCAAAUUUAAAGUUUCUCUUCUUAAAUUUGCUCUUCCCACUCAACUUCCUUUCUUCUCUCCUAAUCGUCUUCUCUGUGAUAUAUUGAAUGAAUCGUUCUCCUCACAGUUUGCUGCAUUUGAUGUUGAGCUUCCAGAUCUAAUUGAUGCUACUACGGUCUGGCGUCCAAGAAGAUAGUUAUCACCGGGUUUUUAUAGACCUAAUCAGAUUGCGAUGAACCUGUCCUGCUUCGGUGCAUUAAAAUUGAAAUUGAAAUCUCGUAAAGAGAAAAAUAUGGACGCUUCAACGCAGACAGAAGAGAUUGCUACCAACAAUGUUCAGCUGUUCUCCUAUAAGUCAUUGAGAUCUGCAACAGGAAACUUUCAUCCAUCAAGCAGAGUAGGUGCAGGCGGUUUUGGUGUUGUCUAUAGGGGUGUUUUAAAGGAUGGUACCCAGGUUGCGGUUAAGUCUCUGUCUGCAGAAUCUAAACAAGGAACUCGUGAGUUCUUGACUGAGAUUAACAUGAUAUCUAAUGUCAGACAUCCAAACCUUGUUCAACUCAUUGGGUGUUGUAUAGAAGACAGUUAUCGUAUGCUGGUCUAUGAGUAUCUGGAGAACAGCAGCCUUGCAAGUGCUUUACUUGGUCCAAAUAAUAAACGAAUAUAUCUGGAUUGGUCUAAAAGAGCUGCCAUCUGUAUGGGUACAGUUCAUGGUCUUUUGUUUCUUCACGAGGAAGCUGAACCACAUAUUGUCCAUCGAGAUAUCAAGGCUAGUAAUAUACUUCUUGACAGAGACUUGCAUCCUAAAAUUGGAGACUUUGGGUUGGCUAAACUUUUCCCAGACAAUGUCACUCAUCUUAGCACACAAGUUGCAGGAACAAUGGGUUAUUUGGCUCCAGAGUAUGCUUUGUUUGGACAGCUAACAAAAAAGGCUGAUAUCUACAGUUUAGGGGUGCUUCUACUUGAAAUAAUCAGUGGCAGAAGUAAUACAAAGGCAGCAUUUGGGGAGGAUUUGACACUUCUUGUGGAAUGGACAUGGAAACUGAAACAGGAAGAUAAUCUGUUGAGCAUAGUUGAUCCAGAACUGAUUGAGUUCCCAGAGGAAGAAGUGGUCCGCUUUAUCAAGGUAGCACUGUUUUGUACCCAAGCUGCACCUCACCAGCGGCCCUCCAUGACACAAGUGAUGGAGAUGCUCUCCAAAGAGAUGAAACUCAACGUUGAGUCUCUAAUUCCCCCUGGUGUUUACAAGGACCAUGGUUCUCAAUCCUCAGUCGGCAGUAGCUUGCAGGAUUUGCCUUGGGCACAGAAAGGCAAACAAUCAGUAAACCCUUUCAUUACUUCCACUCAUUUAGGUAGCUCUCUCACCAUAUCAAAGAUGCAACCAAGGUGAGAGAGGUUAACUUUUGGUAGCUCUUCAUUUUUGCCCUGUUUGGUUUCCCACGACACAGCAUUUGUGUAAAGAUUCUGAUGCUAUAAUAGUGGAAGAGAGGAAAAUUAUUAGAUCUGUAAAUAAUCGAUUUUACAAGGGAGCUGAUAAUAGGGUUGACUGCUAGUGAGUUGAUAUCAAAUUUCCACACAAUCAUGUCCCAUGGAUACACAGCUAUAGAUCUGAGAUCUGUUGAGGGUUAAAAUGUGCAACUCUUGUGUGAACUUUGAGAUUGACGAGCAAAUACUAGUACAGAUUCUCUAGAAGGC